CGAUGGCAUCUUAGCAAACGAGAUUUGUACGGCCAUCAUGUGUUGUGGUGUCUGUGCUGGAGGGAAUUCACCGUAAAAAAUGUUAUAAAUUUUGUGUUGCAUCGUUGUGAACAGUGAUCAGCGUACUGCAACGACAGUUUCGUGUUGGAUGCUCACGAAUUUCGGCGUCCGGCGCGCGCGGGACGUGCAGUGUGGCAAUCCGUCCUGUGUCCAUCCGUAUUUCUGAUUGUGUGACCCAGCAACACAACGGUGAACGUAUGAUUGGAUCAGACGUCGAACGUUGUGGAAAGCGCUCCGGCGACGGUGGUGGUUUAGCCCGAGAUCGCACGGCAAAAGCAUCGUAGUAGGACAACUCAAUGGCAACAACAGCCACACCGACCCAGCCAGUACCUGCCACGGACGGUAGCAAAGUGCUCAAGAAAAGGAAAGCUGUCUGUUACAAAGACUCUGAUGAGGACGACAGUCAAGGUCCCAAGUACACUAGGAUGGAUGACGACGCCAUGCAGGACAAGGACCGGUUCGCACGGUUGUCGCAAGCACCCCUGUGGUCGGCUGAGGCUGGCGGCGGCGGAGACCCGGGCUCCCUGGUUGGGCAACACUGUUCCAGGGAUACGGGUGAACUCAUCGAGACUCUCUCCGCAAAGAAGGAGAACCACAGUGAGAUCGAGCGCCGUCGACGCAACAAGAUGACGGCAUACAUCACGGAGCUGUCGGACAUGGUGCCCACGUGCAGCGCCCUCGCGCGGAAGCCCGACAAGCUGACCAUCCUCCGCAUGGCUGUGGCUCACAUGAAAUCUCUCCGGGGAACUGGCAAUACAAGCAGUGAUGGGACAUAUAAACCUUCCUUCCUCACCGAUCAGGAAUUGAAACAUCUCAUUCUCGAGGCUGCUGAUGGAUUCUUGUUUGUCGUCUCGUGCGACACAGGUCGAAUCAUCUAUGUCUCGGAUUCUGUUGCACCAGUACUUAAUCAAUCGCAGCAGUCAGACUGGUUCAAUUCCUGCAUCUAUGACCUAGUCCAUCCUGAAGAUGUGGAAAAAGUUAGGGAGCAGCUCUCCACACAGGAGUCUUCCAGUUCUGGACGGAUAUUGGAUCUCAAGACUGGCACAGUCAAAAAGGAAGGUCAUCAAUCAUCGAUGCGGCUGUGCAUGGGAUCCCGGAGAGGUUUCAUUUGCCGCAUGAAGCUGGGGAAUGUGCAGCCUGACGCGCAGGGGCUGCACCGCCUGCGCCAGCGCAACAGCCUGGGCCCUGCAACCGACGGCAAUGCGUAUGCCGUUGUGCACUGCACAGGAUACAUUAAAAAUUGGCCACCAUCCGGAGUUCAAGUGGAACGUCUGGACCCUGAUGAUGGCCACGGUGGCAGCCAUUGCUGUCUGGUAGCCAUUGGUAGACUCCAAGUGACCAGUGCCCCAAAUGCAAGUGACAUGGUGGGCUCCAACUCCAAUGCAGAGUUCAUAUCUCGCCACAGUAUGGACGGGAAGUUCACCUUCGUUGAUCAGAGGGUCACUGCUGUACUUGGCUAUCAGCCUCAGGAGCUUCUGGGGAAGACCUGCUUUGACUUUUUUCAUCCUGAAGAUCAAACACACAUGAAAGAGAAUUUCGAACAAGUGCUGAAACUCAAGGGCCAGGUGAUGUCUGUAAUGUACCGCCUGCGUGCCAAGAAUCGUGAGUGGGUAUGGCUGCGCACAAGCAGCUUUGCCUUCCUGAACCCUUACACCAACGACGUAGAGUACAUCGUAUGCACAAACACAUCUGCAAAGACACUGCAGCACCAAGGCCAACAAGAUGACUCUCAGUCUGUUCCCUCAUCGGGAGACAUGUCGCUUGGGGGUCCCUAUGCCGGCGGAACAAGUUUACCUCUAGGGGGUGCCAAGCCUGAAGGCCUCGACUACUCUCUGCCUCGAUCGGACGUCUACCCUCCUCCAAUGGUGGGACGUCCUCAUCCAGAUAGCAGAAGACCUGGAGGGGGCAGCACCUACGGCGGCUAUGAGCACGCUUCCAUGGGCGGAUAUGGAGGAGGGGGACUUGGGGGGCCUCUGCCGCAGACGCCUCCAUCAGGUGGUUCCCCCGCUGGAGGAGUGCUUGCUAGAAUAGGCAAGGCUGGGGGACCAACGUCUGCGUCACCUCCUCAGUCUGCAUGGACACAGCGGCACGUUGCGCAGCCCACUUCAGAUGCAUACAGUCAGGGCUAUGGCCAAAUGAGCCCUCCGUCCCGAAGCCCAUCUGGUCCCACAUACACUCAACUAGGCUCCACACCAUCAGCAAGAGGAAUGUGGGGCCAGUGGCAAGGUGGAGGCCAACAAGCAUCCGAGAGCCCCGCGUCUUCUUCAGCAGGGCCUGGGGGAGCAGGCGGGGGCCCCGGGGGCCAUGCGCCGCCAUUGCCCGGGGGCUCUGGCAACCCGUCACAGCCCCAACAAGAGCUGUCCGACAUGUUACAGAUGCUCGACCAAUCAGGAACUGCAUCCUUCGAAGAACUCUCCAUGUUCAACUCCUUUUCAGAGUGAACUGGCUUCUCAGAGUGGCUUUGGUGUGAAGUUGCAUUGUGCAUUAGGUUGGGCAGAGGCUGCUGGAUCAUGCGGUGUAGAUAGGAAUGCCAGGGGGAUGGGAUGGGUUCUUUAUAGGUUUUCCUCAGUUACAUAGCAACUUUGACGCUAGACCACUCUAUCAGUUAAUAUUCAUUCUCGUUGUUGCUGUGUGUGGAACAAAACUGCCUUGCAAAAGGUUAGGACGAGUCACAAAAGCUUUUAGUUUCAGAACGGGGCACACACAACCAUGAAUUGAACGCUGCUAAAAACAAACUAGACGCGGAAACGAACACGAAAAACUGUGUUACCCGGUCUCAAUUGGUUGAUCUAAUCUCGCUGCGGAGUUCCUAUUCCGCGCUACGCCGAUGUGAAAACGUACGGCGAAUUUAUUUGCCUCCACCACGUAGCAAAAAAACGUCUAUUCACGGAACGAUGCACGACGCAAGGCGUUGUGGACUUCCCUCGGUAAAAGUGUGAAGCAGCACUCUGUCCUACCUCAAUGCCACCUUCGUGCUCUUUUUUUUCUUUUUGUCACAAAUAUUGUGCGGAGAAACGCUUGAGUUGGUGUGCAACGGUAUCCACUUCCACGCCGUGUGCGGGCACGUGAAGCAGCACUGCGGAUGUUUGCCGCAUCGCAGGCCUUGUGCAGCGAAGGCCUUCUUCCUUCUGCCCUCAUCACGAUUGCAGACGACGUGGAGCAACCGGUGGUGUGUGAACCCUCAGUUUUUUUAUGCUGCACGCUGCUUCUUCAGUUUCUUUCGAACAGCGGCACCGUCGUCAACCACGUACCGCGGCUCGUAGAAUCGAAGGCGACGUCCUUGGAAGCAAGAGGAGAGCUCUGUCGUCGGGGCUUUUACGGGAGUCUGCCAAGCGUUCUCUUCAUCAUCUCGUUUUGUGUUGUACCUGAGGAGGAAUUUUUUUCGAGCGUUUCGUGGGAUUGUGGAAUAUGCGGAAUAUUCGAGGCAGUUUGAGAACGGUUUCUGUAAAAAAACUUAUAACUUUGUUUUUCCCAGCUUUUUCUUCGUAUCGCAGCCUUUCCAUCUUCGUCCAACGCGCCACCAGGGGGCCUGCUUGCACAAACUGUGAGGGGAUUCCUCUGCGGUGUCCUCAAUACCUUCUAUAGUGGUUCGGGCACGAGCUGCUGUCCUCGACACCGCUAAAGCUAUUGAGUACGGCACCGAGGAAUUUCCUCGACAUUUGUGCAGGCGGGCCCCCAUUUUCUUCUAGGUUACAGAUAUGAGAUCUGCUUCUAAGAUGAGAUAUAUUGAAAGUUUCUUUACCUAGUGAAAGCGUGGUUCAGACAUCUUUCCGGUUGGGCGCAGUAUGCUCCUAGCUCCAAAAGAGAACUCUCACUUCUGGAUAUGGAGGAUGGAAUGGCUGUGGGACUAUUUGGCAGUUGUCAUUCGCUGUACAAAUCAUGCCUGUAGACAUACAUGUGUGCUGCGGUAGUUCCUUAUUUGAGUUUUUGUUCUAUAAGCAGAGCAUUACUUGGAACGUAUAAUUUUUUUUUAUCAGACCUGCCAUCUGAUAUGUUAUAGGUUGGCACAUUAUUUGCUUUUUGUUACCUCGUGCGUCCUUCUUCUAACAUGCCCUUACAUGCGUAACAUGAAAGGCAGGGCCUUUUCAGUCCAGAGGUGAAGGAACCAUUUUCUUCUCUUUCUUUUUUUUUCUUCUGUACUCAAGCAUCCCUGAUACUACAAUAAUAGCCACGGCAGGAGAUGGCAUUUUCGCCGUUUUUAUAUCUUAACCCUUCAUUGGAAUUGGUAACAUGAGAAGAAACAGAGGUGUUACUUAGGUUUGUAUUGUUUCGAACAAGAGUCAUACUUAAGUUUGCGUUCAACUCUAUUUUACUUAGGCCAAUUGAUGUAUGUAAAUUGAUGUAUGUUCAUAUGUCCAUCCUGUUUUCAGUAUUUUGACAUGGACUGUCGCAGCUCUAGAGUACAUUUCCAUGUCUUAGACCCAUUCGACAGUCGGUCCGUUCAUUCUUGCAAGUCAACUGUGUCAACAGCGUUCUUCUCUGGAUUUUUUUGUUCUCGAGAAAGUUUGCGGUACAUCAUCAUGUGGUUCUUGGAGCAAGUUUUAACGUGCGGCCCGCGUGCAUUACGUAAGCAGCAGCCCUGGCACGUGGCAUAUCAAACUGAUAAGAGACAAAUGUGUUGUGUACAUGACAGGGGGUUGGUGCGUAUUUUCUAAGGGGAAGUGUGUGUGUUUGCGAUGACGUGCUGUAAGAAACUGUAUGCACGAAACCUUUGGUUUACUUUCGUAUCAGAGUUCUGUAACAUGAAGCAACAUUACUUUCUGAAUUGAUUAAAUAUAAUUUUCUUGUACA